GAAGUUAAUUGCGUAACAAUUUUAGCCCAGGCCCUUUGUCUAAGAUCAUCACGGAGGCCGGAGUCACGAUCGGAUGGAUUUUGGAUGUUAUCGUUAUCGGAUCUUCGUCUUCUCCUUUUCGUUACUUCAACUGAAAACUGAGAUUUAGGGUUUGUUUGUGCGAAAUGAUUAGGGCUAUGAUGGUGAUCAACAACCAAGGCAAGCCUCGUCUCGCCAAAUUCUACAAUUAUACGCCUGUGGAACAGCAGCAACAACUAAUUCGAAGCAUCUAUUCAGUCUUAUGCUUGCAGCCUGAAAAUGUAAGCAAUUUCAUUGAAGGGGGCUCGCUAUUGGGUCCGGAUUCAAGACUUGUUUACAAGUUGUUUGCAACAUUGUACUUUGUGUUUGUAUUUGAUAGCUCUGAAAAUGAACUAGCUAUGUUUGAUCUUAUACAAGUAUAUGUGGAAACAUUGGAGAAGUGCUUCAGCAAUGUAUGCGAACUUGAUAUUGUUCUCAAUUAUGGCAAGAUGCAUACUAUCUUAGAUGAAAUGAUUCUUGGAGGUCAAGUUGUGGAAACUAAUUCUCAAAACAUAAUCAAAGCUGUUGAAGAAAUUUCAAAGUUGGAAAAAAUCACAGCUGCCACCAAACUCAUCUCCAAGUCCACAUCUCUAUUGUGGGGUUAAUUUUGUAACAAUUUAUUUUUAAGUGAUUGCAAAAAUUUUACAAAAAGAAAAAGAAAAAAGAAAAAGAAACUUUGCUAAA